AUGGUUGCAGAUUCUUUUCCUGGUCUCACUGAAGAUUGGCUAACAAUUCAAAAUGAUCGCAGAAACACACUGGCUUCCCUCUGCCAGAAGAACAACCUCAUUAAAUUAAAAAGUGCAUUGGAUUCUCUUGUUGCAAGCCAGAUUUUUGUGGAGCACAAACAUAAAUUUACCUACUGUGAGGUGCCCAAAGUAGGCUGCUCUAACUGGAAGAGAACUAUUUUCAUUCUCCAAGAAGGCUUGAAUGUGGAAGCUUCUGAAAUUGAGCAUGACCAUAUUCACCAAACCUCACUGAUCAGAAGGCUGAGUGCUUACCCUCCUGCCAUGCGAGAGCAAUUUCUAAACAAUUACACCAAAGUGAUGUUCACCAGACAUCCAUUGGAACGGCUGGUGUCGGCUUACAGAGACAAGCUUCUGCACUCUGAGCCAUACUAUAGUAUCACUGUUGCUAAUCAGAUUAAGGCAAUGUUCAGGAAAAACAAAAAUUCCUCUGAAAAAGUGAGUUUCCAGGAGUUUGUCAGUUUCAUUACAGCGAAACCACCAAAUAAUCUUGACAUUCACUGGAAACCAAUGUUUCUACUCUGUGAUCCUUGCAACAUUCACUAUGAUAUUCUGGGCAAGUACGAAACUCUUGGGUUAGAUUCUGUGCAAGUUCUGAAGGCAAUUGGUGCACCAGCGAGCCUGCAGUACCCCAGCUUGAAGAGAUAUGGCUCAGAGAAACGAACUAAUAGUGAUAUCACCUUGGAGUACCUCAGACAAUUGAGCUCAGAACAAAUUGAGAAGAUACAAAAAUUAUAUCAAAUGGAUUUUCUCUUGUUCAACUAUACUUUGAAAUAUGAGAACUAUUUUUCUCUGUGA